CCUGUGCACAUACCCUCAUGCGCAUUUUUUCGCGCAUUUGGGAGGAGCACUUAGCCGACCAUCUGUAGUAAGCAAACCGCAGAUAGGAGGGCGAAUACAAUAGGUGAACAGAUAGCCUCCCCAGAAUCCCACUUUGUUCUUGCCAGUAGAUCUAUCUUUCAAUCAUUUCAAAAAGUCUCAAUUUCGGUAGCCCAUUUCUGGGAGAGUGGAUGAACCGGCGCACAGAUGUUGGCAUUUGUGGUAAUAAGCAAGGAGAAGGUUUUGAAACCGUUAGUCCUGGACCUAUCUAUGACAAACCAUUAGGUAAGCAAAAGGCACAGAAAUAAGGUUGAGGACAUAGGCUAGACUAUAUUGUUUAUUUGGACAAUAGGCUGUUUUUUUGUCAAGUCAUGAGCAAUUUUAAGGACAUAAAGACGACCUCCUGUCAACUGAGCUCGGAUAAUAAUUCAGUGAGCAGCAAUGACUGGGAUAUGGCCAAUGAUGUGUUUGUGACCUGCUACGAGGACCCGAUGGGAGAGAAUAUUCACGGGGAGAUGGACUCGGUCCAGUCCGGAUUGGAAAUACACCUGCCUCCGCUGCUGCUAGGCGAUCACCGUUUAUCUCAGGACAGCAUGCUAUUGGGCCUAGUGGAGGAAGCUUACUCGGGCUAUCAUCCUCUCCCCGACUCGGGGACAGACUAUUUGGAUAUCACAAACGACCUGAACUACACCGAAAGUGAUGGGAAUGUGACUACAAAGAAACGUAACCGCUCCACCAGUUCCAGGCACCGCGGGGAGGUCGUCACCGAGCUGGGACCAGAGGAAGUGCGAUGGUUCUACAAAGAGGACAAGAGAACAUGGAAGCCAUUUGUUGGACACGACUCUUUGAAAAUUGAAGUAAUUUACCGCAAAUUAUGUGAACUAAAUCCCUGCAAGGUCAAAUGUCGGAGUCCCACCACCGAACAAGAGGAAGCCAGUGAGUCGGCCAGGGGUUCCGAGCCCCAACUGGAAGAUGUGGCACACGGGGGAGCUGUUCAAGCAGAGACGGCGACAGGGGACGCAGAGGUUGGAGGGGACAGAGAAUGGGAGAAAGAUGAACUCGACCUGGAUUCCAUAAGUGUAAACGUUGAGGCUGUUUGCGUCAGAGGUGGUCUCUACGAAGUGGACGUCAAAGACAAAGAAUGUUACCCGGUCUACUGGAACCAGCAGGACCGUAUUGCUGUGAUGAGGGGUCAGUGGUUCGUCGACGGCACGUGGUUUCCCCUUGAGGAAGACGAGAGUGACCUCAUCGAGCUGGAGCACCUGGCCCGUUUCAGGGGGCACCACACGAGGGAGACCUACGAGGCCACAAUUGAAGUGGUGACCACCACAGUGGACAACAAGGAUGGUAAAGUGGAUGGACUCAAUGCAAUCCACAGUUUGAAACUGAGCCGGAGCCAUGUGGACUGGCACAGUGUGGACGAGGUGUAUCUCUACAGUGAUGCCACCACCUCCAAGAUCGCACGCACUGUCACCCAGAGACUGGGCUUCUCCAAGGCUGGCAGUAGUGGGACGCGUCUCCAUCGGGGCUAUGUGGAAGAGGCAGCGCCCGAGGACACCCCGCCCGAAACAACACACAUCGUCUUUGUGGUGCACGGGAUUGGCCAGAAGAUGGACCAAGGCCGCAUCAUCAGGAACACAAGCAUGAUGAGGGAGGCUGCUAGAAAGAUGGAGGAGAAGCAUUUCUCAGAUCGUUCCACAGGACACGUGGAGUUCCUUCCUGUGGAGUGGAGGUCCAAACUGUGCCUGGAUGGAGACACGGUGGACUCCAUCACUCCAGACAAGGUUCGUGGACUCAGGGAUAUGCUCAACAGCAGUGCCAUGGACAUCAUGUACUACACCAGCCCUCUGUACAGAGAUGAGAUCACUAAGGGUUUAACUCAGGAGCUGAAUCGUCUCUACAGCCUCUUCUGCAUGCGGAACCCUGAGUUUGGGGAGAGUGGCAAGGUGUCCAUCGUGUCCCACUCCCUGGGUUGUGUCAUAACCUUCGACAUCAUGACAGGUUGGGAUCCGGUACGCUUCCGUCAUGAAGAACUAUGGGCCGACCCCGAGGAGAUGCAAGAGCGCUGGCCAAGCUGCCAGGGGCGUCAACUACAAGAGGAGAUGAGACUCACACGACUCAGGUUACGAGAUUUGGAAAAUCAGUUUGCUGGGUUGCAAUCCCCGUCAUCUGAAGGCUCUUCUUCAGCCUUGAAAUUUAAGGUGGAGAACUUUUUCUGCAUGGGUUCUCCCCUUGCUGUGUUCUUGGCGUUACGAGGGAUCCGACCGGGGAACAACGUGACCCAGGAUCACAUCUUACCCAAAUCCAUCUGCCAACGUCUCUUCAACGUCUUUCAUCCUACCGACCCUGUGGCUUACCGAUUGGAGCCGCUGAUCUUAAAGAACUACAGUAACAUUUCACCUGUCCAAAUACACUGGUAUAACACAUGUAGUCCGACACCGUACGACCAGAUCCGUCCCACGCUGCUCAACCCUGCACUGAAGGAGAGAGCAUCCAUCUCGGACACGGAGAGCCUCCCCAGCCCCUGUACCUCCCCUCCUCAGACCCGAAGACACUACGGAGAGUCCAUCACAAAUCUGGGGAAAGCCAGCAUUAUGGGUGCGGCCAGUCUCGGGAAAGGCAUUGGCGGGAUCUUCUUCUCCCGCUUCUCACGCUCAAGUGGUCAGGUGGGCAACGUGGAGGAGGAGCCUUCGGAUUCAGAGGGCGGGGUCUUGGAGGUGGAUAAUGCCAUAUCAGGAGAGGAGGGUGUGGCUACGGAGUUAGAGAAGUUACCUGUAGUAGAGGAGACAAGGGAAAUAGAGUCCUCCAUAUCUCGGUCCACCUCAGCUAUCCUGGACAACACCACAUUGGAGUUGGAGAGGCGCAUUGACUUUGAGCUGCGAGAAGGCAUGGUGGAGAGCCGCUAUUGGUCGGCGGUGACCUCGCACACAGCCUAUUGGUGUUCACACGACGUGGCACUGUUUCUUCUCACCUUUAUGUAUAGACAGGGGUAUCCCACUCAGCUCUCUGAGGAUAACCCAGAGUUAUCCUAACCCACAGCCCAAACAUACACACACACACAGAGAGACACACACACACACAGAGAGACACACACACACACACAGAGACACACACACACACACACACAGAGACACACACACACACACACACACACAGAGAGACACGCACACACACAGAGGGAGACACACACACUAUUUUUCCCUUUCCCUCAACACAUAUAAUAGUAUCCCAGUGUACACACAAAGAUUUGCGACCAGACCGAUUAGACAUAACUGUGUAUCAGAGACCACUUCACAGCCUGUGGCCAUCCCGUCAAAGACUGUACCCUUUACCCUAUGGUCCUAAUAGUGACUGUUCCUCAUAUACCCACCCUGUGGGUUUAUUGAAGACUUUACCCCCCAGGCACACACCAACCUCAACGAAGACUGUUCCUCUUUCCUGUGACUAAAUGAUGCCUCUAGGACCAAGCAUCUGUCAGUGUUCAUUAUCUUGGACUUGGCAUUGACUGUGUUGGUGUCGGACACAGCUUUGAGUGGGUUUGUGUGACUCCUGAAACUGUAGCCAUGCCUCUAGCCCAACCUCUCCUCUCACAACUCCCAGCAUCAACACUCAUUUAGAUGUUUAGCCUGUUGAGAGUGUUACAUCCAAAUCCAUCCCUCAGAACAUUGAAACCCAUUUAGUUUCAUCAUUUGAUUUCAACCCGUUAGGUGGAUCAAAGUGGAUUGUUGCAGAAGGUUUGAAGUAGCCUGAUUAAACAUAGUUUUUUCCAUUCAGUCUGGUUUGACCAGGCUAGGGUUAAUGCUGCUUGGAUGAGGUCAUUGGACCUGAGCAUGUGGUAGAGUAAAUAGAAUGUAGCUCUAUAGACUACCUGUACUGCUACGAUGAUGAUAUGUUGAGGUACCAUGUUUACACUAACUAACUAACUGAACAUUUCUAUAAGGGAUGAUGGAAAGAUGCGAAUGUUGAGUAGACAACUUGAGCAAAGUUGCCAAAUACAGUUAUUUGCUUAUGUCUCAUAACCUAAUGGCAGGUUCGGUCUCUUGGCUGAUCCAUCCAUCGGAAGACCACAGAAUUGUUUUAGUUCUACUGUGAAUUGUCUUGAUCCAACAGAGCACUACUAUAUCCGUUUGUACUACUAACGCUGACAUGUUGCACAUAACGCAGUAACUUUCUAGUCAGGCAACAAACAGACAACAUAUCAGUAAAACAAGAGGAACACAGGCAUGAAGGACCCAUGCAACAUGUUUUGUUUACAUCCAAGUAACUAAAGAGUUUCAUUGGAGAGAACAGGAUAAUAAACUGUACUAAUACAAUAUACUUUAUUAGAAUCAAUAAUGAUGUGGGUCAAAAUGAAAACAUGGCAUGUGGUAUGUACAUAGACAGGGAGGAAUAUGCUUUGCUUGGGCUCCAGAGUGGAGCAGCGGUCUAAGGCACUGCAUCUCAAGUGCAAGACCUGACACUACAGUCCCUGGUUUGAAUCCAGGCUGAAUCACAUCCGGCCGUGAUUGGGAGUCCCAUAAGGUGCCGCACAAUUGGCCCAGCUUUGUCCGGGUUUGGCCGACAUUGUAAAUAAGAAUUUGUUCUUAAUUAACUGACUUGCCUAGUUAAAUAAAGGUAAAAAAAAAAUCUUGCUGUUAGUGAGGGAUUACAGCAUGCAGGCUCAUUUGUUAAAAGCCUUUAGCAAAGUAAUUACACUAACAUCGAAUGACAUCACUUACAUCAGAUCUCUGCCAGAAUAAAGCUUGCCAUCAGGA